AUGAUUUUCUCCAUUCGCCUUCUCAAUGCAAUGGUUGUUCCCUUCGGGUUCGGAGAGCAGUCGUCUUGCGACUGGCGAAGUCUCGACGGGCAUAACGGAUGCUUUUCCUCUGCAGCUUUAGCCUACACUUCUGCUCUUCUCUCCUUAAGGUCUUCCUUUAUCGCCUCUCUGCAAAGCCUUGAGAGCUCCACGCUGGCGUAUCAGCUCAAAAUUUUAAAGAGACAGGCGUCUUUUGGUGGUUUUAAAACUCUCAACCUUCUUCGUGCAGUCGUGAAAGUGUUCAACGAGCCGGUCGUAUUCCUCGUUGCGAAAUUGCGAAAUCUUCCCAGAAGCGGGCAGGCGUAG